AUGGAUCCCAACGACCCUUUGGGUCUGGGGUUCCCGGACGAAGACGAUUGGGUCCAUUCCGGACCUGUUGCUGAGAAUGGCUCUGCCACUGAGCCGGUCGAGUCUUCCGAAGAUGAACAACCGAACAUUUCGUACUUCUUCGAGCAAGCUAUUGGCAUUCAAGAUCCCCACGAUGUUAGGGGUAUCAGGCGACACACAAAGCGCCCUCUGAGAUCCUACAACCGUCACAAGUGGAAACUUGAUUACACCGUUGGGGAACAUAGCGCAUGUAUAUGGCGCCAAAGACGAUAG